CGCACCGCUGCAGCUGCCAGUUAUACUUCUGCGCUUUCAGAUUCAGAAGUGCAAGAGACGGAUAGAAGACACCGGCACUAAUGAGCUGGGGACUAUUGUGAGACGUUAGAGAUUUGUGGUAUUAUUGUAACACUUUUUGCGAGGAAGUCAUCGCGUGUGUUGUGGAUUUUACUAUAAAGAUCAUGAUCUAAAGCGCUGAACACUUAAUUCACGGAGUUUUUUAACCGGCGGGAUUUCUUCAAAGGCAUCUAUUGGAAUACCACGACUCCCUCUGUGGUUCUGAUAUGGGACUUUAAGUUAUACCUCUCACACCAUCUUUCCUGGAGUGAAUUCGGCUGGUUUAAAAAAAUUGUGCUCUUCCAGAAAUGGUGGGGCAUUUACAUUUGCAAGCUAUGGAUGAGAGUUUGAAAGGAAAGAACCGGGAGGGACUGCUGGAUAGUCCGGAUUCAGGACUCCCUCCAAGCCCCAGUCCGCCCUUCUACUCUUUGUCGCCAGGGAUCCUUGAGUCGCGCACCGGCAGCUGUUCAACCCCGACUGAGCUGCAGGGAUACUGCAGAAGGGAGAACCGGGAGGGCAAACUGCUGCCAUACUUGCUCCUGAACUCUCAAGGUCCAGAUGCGAGGUCACGCAUGUACCCUGUGGUCUAUGGAGAGAGCAUUAAGGUCAACCCCAAACCGGAAAAAGAGAUCAAGUUCAACUCUGCAGUGAAGUACGCUUCAGACAGACACUUUCGUGACCAGGUGUACUGCGCCCAGGUCCAGACCGCCACAUCCUUCAGCGAGACAGUGGUGGCCGUCCAGAACUGCACGUGGCGCAGCUACAAAUCAGAGGUUCACUUCGAGCCAAGGCACAGGCCGCUACACUUCCAAAGCACGGCCAUCGUGUUCCCCAAGCACGCCCGGAAUACAUACCGCACCACGCUCAACUACAACAGCAACAGAAACGCAGCCGGGCGACGGUGGUUUGUGUCCACAGUCAGGCUGGAGUCCACCGAGGACGCCAGUCCAUGCAUCAUUUACACAGAAGACCUCUGAGAGACACACAUGAGAGGUUUUUUAUCGUUCCCAAAAUAAAAAAAGAGAUCCCUUUGGUUAGAGAGCUACAGUGAAAGUACGUGGACUCGGUUACUAAAAUCCUGAUUCAAACCGGAUGGCAAGAGACUAAAGAAAGGAAAUGAAAAGUCAGUGAGGGCCGUUUUGUUGUUUUGCUUCCGGUGACAUUGGUACUUGAUAGUGGGGAUGAGGUAGAGUUGUGUGUGUGUGUGUGUGUGUGUGUGUGUGUGUGUGCAGUCUUUACAUGUGUCGCAUGUCACUGAUGUAUUUAUGUACAUCAUUUUUUAACUGAUCAAUAUCCAAUUGUACCUGUCAGGUGGAGGGAAAAGCAUUUGGGGCAAAACAGUUUCUGUUGUUUGCUGAUUCAUUGGCUCACAUGAAAUCUGUACCCACAGAAUUCCACUGAAAGAUCAGCAGAUUUACAACGGAACUCAAAAGAAUGUUAUUUAAAAAUGUUAAAAAUUAAAUCACAAUCUCUUUUAUCUGUCAUUGUGUGUAUGGUACUAGAAUUUUGCUUGGUUACAUUUUAGUGCCUCACUAACAUUUUUAUAUUAUUGGCUAUAUUAAUUUGAUAAGGUUGUAAGCUAUACUCUUAGAACAAAAGGUUCUAUACUGAAUCUUAGGGGCCGUUUACACAACACCAUUUUCAACUAAAAACUGAGAACUUUUUAUGCGUUUUGGCCAUUCAUUUACAUGAAAACAGCGUUUUGGUGGUCUGAAAACGCAAACUUUUGAAAACGGGUUUCAAAGUGCAAGUUUUUAAAAACAGUCUCCGUGUAAACAACAAAAACGCGAAUCUGUGAAAACGAUGACGUCAUGCACAUGCACAUUACACGCAGUGUUGCCAAGUCCGCGGUUUUCCCACGGAAUUGGGCUACUUUACACUGUUGCCGCGGGUUGUUUUUCAUGUCCAUAUUUAGCCCCUGGAAUGCAAGUUUUACCAGGGGAGACCGCCAAAAACGUGGAUUUUACCCCCCCGAAACGAAGCGAAGCGAAUUAUUUUUUUAUUUUUUCUCUCCUUUGGGACCCUCCUGAAAUGCGAUUGGGCUAGUUUUGAGGAGCAAUUGGGUGGGUUUUGUUGUGAAAACCUGGCAACCCUGAUUACACGUUCAGUCUAUAGUGUUUCAUCGCCAUUUAAUGGCCUGCCAGCAGAAUACAGCGUUUUUUGUAAUUUUCACGGAUUCGUAUGAAUGGUUUCCGUUUUGACAAUGGUGUCAUCUGUACGCAGAAAACUUGAAGAAAAAACUUCUCUGUUUUAAGCAUAUCGUUGUCGUGUAAACGUACCCUUAAAGGGUUUUUUCAGACGCUUCACAUAUAGAUUUAUGGAAGUUUGAAUUAAAAAGCUUGUAAAUAUACUUUAUCGCUAGAAAAAAAUUAAGUAACCAUUAAACUUGAAAGUAUUAUGCAAUUAUUUAAGACACUUUUCCUUAUAGGCCUAUAGAACCUUUUUUAGCGUAAAUUGUUCUAUAAAAUUGAGUCAAGAACCCUAUAUAGUUCUAUAUAGAACCUUAUUGAACCUUUUUUUCCAAGAGUGUUCAAAUAAAACUGUAAGACUUUUCUCUAUUUUACCAUUUUAAUUACAUAGACCCCCAGUUUCACAGACGAGGCUUAAGCUAGUCCUAGACUAAAAUGCAUGUUUGAGCUGUUUUAACUGAAAGCAACUUGCACUGAUAUAUCUUAUAAUGUGUCAGUGUAAUUUUUUUGUCUCAAAAAGCACACCAGUAAUGUUUUUUACUAAGGCACGUUUAUAAAAGCUACUUAAAUGCCUUAAUUGAACUAAGGCCUAAUCCUGGCUUAGUCUAAGCCCUGUCUGUGAAACCAGGCCAAAAUUAUGCAGAUAUUCUCCUAAAAAUGUAAAGAACACGCAGAUCCAUGUGGGCCUACCUUAUCGUCUUAUUCAGCAUUGCUGAUUCUUACAAAUGCUAAAACAGGAAACAGUUCACCACGUGUGACUACAAUUAAAGCUAAACGCAAAGACUAUAAGCACAUUCUAGCCUAUGUGUAUGAGAAAGUCAGCACAAAGUCAACUGGCAUUCAGCUGUAGACUAUCAGAGAACUGGCUGAGAAAAUAUAAACUGUAUUUAAGUUGUACUUACGGAAAGUUUUUUCUUUUUCUUUUUUUCUUUUUGUUUGCUGUAAAUGUGUUGGUAUGACUAAGGGCAAAUCAACAAGUAGGAGCACUUGAAAGGUUGGACCAAAGAUUCUGUAAAAUUCAGUUUUUUUUUUUUUUUUUUAAUCUGUUUGUACCUCAGAAAACGUGGAAUAAUUUCUUGCACAAAGGUUUAAGAAGCCGGAUGAUGUGCUAAUAAUUCAGUGGCCAAAAAAAAGAGCUGCACUCUCAGAAUGGCAGGAAACAGAAGAGCGUAUAUGGAAUGUUGUAUUUGAAAUAACUGGACUGAGCAUGUGUUAGAUGAGAGAGUACGGCAUGUUUUGAUUUGAAAUGCCAAAUGUUGGAUUUGUGAGACAGGUUUUAUCUUUGAAUAGAUAUAAAGUUCAUUGACCUUCUGACAUUACCAUGGUCUGAAGACUGUACGGUUUCUGCCUUUCAGAUUGUAUGGUUAGAUAACUUUUGGUUUCAAAGGUAACAAGUAUUUUAUGACAUUGUUGGUGCCAGUUAGUCUCAGCUAAAAUCUAGAUUACCAAAGUGAGCUCCUGUCACCUCCACUGAAUGCAAUUCACGUGGAGCAGAGAGAAAACAUUCGGCUGUUGUUGUUCUUUUGGAUAUGAUAUGAAAUAUAACGCAGCAGCACAUUGAGAGGGAGAUUUUGACUGAGCAGUAAAGCAUUAUGGAGGUGUUCGUACUUUAUGUCUGUCUUAUGUUUGGACUAUCCGGUUUCUGUACAAGCAGAAAUGGAUGUUGUAAAUUUUAGAUCUCUUGCCUUUUUUUUUUAAUUCAGAUUUUAUAUAACAGGGAUCCUCUGGUGACUGAAAAUAGUGUAUUUAAAAAAACAAAAAACAAUGACUAAAUAUGUUUUGGUCUGUAAUGGUAUAUGGGUGUGUUUUGAGAGGAAAUGCUUGGUAGUACAAACCAAAAGAACAAAGUUUAGUUCAACAAAGUGUAAAAUACAGUAAACUAGUGCACAUAUAUUCCAUGACAUUGAUUUUGAAGAUGCAAAUCAAACCAACAACAUCAACAAAAAACUCAUCAGGGGUUGAUAAGAGAUGAAAUUACAGGAAGGCAGGCAUGUCUGAUAAAUCACUUCCUGUGUGUUGGAGAGGUUCACACAAGAUGGACAUUUGAUAAGUUGAUAAUAGAGGAAUUUUAACAAUGUGUUGAAAGCAGAUUCAAGGGAGAUGUUUUAUAUUUUCACAUGUAUGAAAUUUUUUAAGAUUACAUUUGUUUGGUGUUCAAAUGAUCUCCGCUAAAGGAUGGAUUUUCUUUUGAUUUCCUAACACAAUUUGUGUUUCUGUAAAAUACUUUCCUGUUGUAUAUGUGGCAUACGGCACUCAUAAUUCUCUUUAUAUUUUUGUAUAAAUUCCCAAGUUAAUGGUCUUCUUUUGGACAAACACAUGAGAAAAUAAUUUAAGAAAAAAAAUGUAUAUCCAAACUGAAUAAAUAAAAGACCCAAACCCUACAA